UCACCUCAGCCCCCUCACCUCAGCCCCCUCACCUCAGCCACCUCCCCUCCCCGUCUCGAGCAUGCCGCCCGUGAAGCUGCGUCACGUGGUGUCGUGCAGCAGUGAGGAUCCGUUGCACCGUGUGGACAAUCUUCUCAGCGGCGAUGCUCACCGCAAGUGGCGCUGCCUCCCCGGGGAGAAGGAGGCCUCUUUCAUCCUCCAGUUUGAGAAGGCUGAGAAAAUUCUCAGCGUCGAUGUUGGGAAUGAGGGAUCGGCCUUCGUGGAAAUCCUCGUGGGCAACUCCUCCUCCAAUGACUCGGACUUCCAGGCGCUGCUGUCCGCCUCGUGCUUCAUGUCUCCCGCUGAGAGCCGCUCUUCGCAGCAGAGGAGCCGCGUCCGAAUGUUCGGCCCCGAGUUGCUGUGCCGCUCGGUUCGCGAGCAGCGCUGGGACCGGGCGCGCGUCGUCUGCCGGCAGCCCUACAACUCGUCCCUGGCGUAUGGCCUCGCGUUCAUCCGCUUCAACUCGGUCCCUGAGGAUUCCUCCACAGACGACGCUCCGCAAGCCAAGCAGCAGGAGCAGCGACUGGGCGGGUUCCGUCUUCGUGACGACGUCCCGAGCAGCAGCAGCGGCGGCGGCUGCCUCGCCCCGGGUGGACUCUUCUCUUCCCGCCAGCGUCACCCCCUCCUGCUCACCCCCCCCACACCCCCCGCCCCUCACACUCUGAGCUAUGCCAGGGCUGCACUGGGCGAUCUACCUGGGUCUCCCUCCUCACCCAGCUCCACCAUCAAGCCCCAGGCCGCGUGCCUCAAGAGGAAGUUUGACUUGCCCGUGACCUCCCAACCACGGAAGAGGCGGCCGCAGGGCGAGUGGGGCGGAGGUGGAGGAGGGGGAGGAGGAGGGGGACAAGGUGGACAAGGUGGACAAGGUGGAGGAGGAGAGGGCCUCCUGAUGGACCCUUCACGAGCGUGUGUGUGGUGGAGUGAGGGAUGGAGCUCUCUCUCUCUCCUUCUCGGAGGUGGUGGAGGCCGGAGAGAAGGAGCAGCUGCAUCACCUGCACAGAGCUCGUUCGCGCGGAGCAGCAGCAGCAGCAACAACAACAACAACAACCACAACAACAACAACCACGGGGCGAGCAAAGCCGGCAGCGCUCGUGGGGUCAGGUCCCCUCCCCCGGCAGCUUCUGCCCCCCCCGCGUCUCCUGGCCAGCCUGCGCUGUGCGGGGUGGUGGUCUCGCUCAGCGGCUUCACCAACCCCCUGCGCUCCACGCUGCGCGACCUGGCCCUGGGGCUGGGCGCUCGCUACCGGCCCGACUGGGGACCGGGCUGCACCCACCUCGUCUGUGCGUUUGCCCGCACACCCAAGAGCCGUCAGGCGCAGGCUGCCGGGGCUCUCGUGGUGCGGAGAGAGUGGCUGGAGGACAGCGCCGCCCAGGGUCGGAGACUCGCAGAGCGCCGGUACCUGAUGUACGGCGAUGGAUCGAGCAGCGAGGAUGAGGAGGCACGUCCCUCACGCCGCCCAAACAGAACGCCGUCGACGCCCGCGCCCCCUGUGAGGUGGAUAGCUGAGCGAGUGCAAAGAGUCGGAGACCCGGUAGAACAACGGGCAGAGAGGACAUCUCUGCCUGCCGCUCGAGUCUCAACUCCAUCUCCGCAGCGCACCGCAGUGAAUGAGGUGGAGGAGGAGGUGAAGGAGGAGGUGAAGGAGAAAGUGAAGGAGGAGGUAGAGGAGGUAACGGAGGAGGAGGUAACGGAGGAGGAGAUGGAAGAGGAGGAAAUGAGCAUCGGGGAUCGCGACUCUGAGUGCGCGCCCAGCCCGCCUGGUGCAUUAGGAGACCCCUACGAUGGGACCACAGAGGAAGAGGAGGCAGUGGAGGAAACGCAGGUGGGGGGCAGGGCAGGAGGAGGGGGGAAGGAGGAGGAGGCAGCCCCUGGCCCCCCUGAGCUGCCCGAUCUGCUGUCGGGGAAGAGGAUUCUUCUGCACGCGUCGCUCUCCGCUCAAGAGCGCCGCUCCCUGCAGCGACUCACCGUGGCCUGGAACGGGAGCGUCGUUGCUGACGGUGCAAGUGAAGAAGUCGACUUCGUCAUCGCCAAUCACGGCUGGGAUGAGAGCUUCGACGAGGUGCUGGUGUGGAGCCCCGCGGUGCUGUUUGUCCGCCCGCGCUGGCUGCUCGAAAGCCUCCGGCGCGGGUCCCUGGCCCCGCCGCAGCCGUUCGCCAUCGCGCCCUAGCGGGGCGGGGGGGGCGGGGGGCCUGAGCCCCAGACAGAAAUAUCAACAGAGACACAGACUCUAAC